UUUUUUUCCUUAAGUUCAAUUCUUGUUUUUCCUUGCCAGUCUCCUAUGAAAUAUUAUGUCUCAUGUUGUUGCAUUUGCUUACAUGUCAAAGAAUACAUAUAUCUAAUCAUGAUAAUUUCAGAACAAGACCACCCUAGGACUUUCAAUACAUUUAUUAUUAUGCAAAAAAGGAGGCAAUGUUAGUUUUUUCCCCCUAGUAACCUGUCCAUGAUAAACUGCAGUGAUUUUCAGGAAGAAUCAUUCCAUUUCUUUCUAAAAUGUAGCCAGGUUAGCAAAGAGCUGCAAGGUUGGCAUUGGGAAUGGCCAGUCUUUCUUUAAGUGCAAUUCAGAGCUGUGAAACAGCUACAUAUUAUUUCCUGCCUUUCUUCAUCUUUACUUGGUUUCCCAGAACACGUACAAUGUUCCCAAAUUCCAUAUUUCUCUCUUCUUUCUCCCUCCAUCCUUCUCCUAUUCCUUCCUAGCACAAAAAGUGGCAACUGCCUAGUAUCUGACUUGAACAAAAGGUUUAUGACAGGGAUGCCCCCAGUGUUGGACUAUCAAGCCAAAAGCAUGUGCACAAAGUGGCUGACACCAGCACCUUGGUCAGAUGGCAACCAGUGCUGACUCUAACAGACCUUUCAGGCAUCUAGCAUUGCCACAUAGUGCUAAACCUUUCUCUCUUCAUGUCUGUGCGUCUGCCAAGUCACUAGAUCUUAGAUGUCUUUCACCUUCCACAGAGGAUCCCAUGGAACAGAAAAACUUCUGCCCAAAUCCUAAAUAAGAAUGGAAAGUGCACAAUAUGGUCCAGCAAGAACUUUCUUUCCUUUUCUGCUAUGAUGCCAACUUGAAAACUAACACUUGCUGACUCUUGCGUAGUCAUCGGACGAGGCUGACGAUUGCCAUGAGAGAGUGUGUUCUAGCACUGGGCCCUAGAGAUCUUAAACUUGUUUAUUUACAUAGUGAGACAGUUACACAAGUUGAGCUGCUUCUCAGAAUUAGGCCAGCAAAAAUUCACGUAGAGAAAGGUAUUAAGCUGAACACCAGUACAGAGCUGUAGUAACAAGAAUUGGGGUCCUAAUUUAAGUCCUGUUAGACUUUUAAUUUGGAACUAAUUUAGAAAUAAUUUCUUAUUAUUAGGACUAUAAAUCUCCAGCCAGGCAAUGUUUCAGUUUGAGUCAGCCAAACUUGGCCAUAUGCUUUUUUAUCAAAGAACUUUAUUCAUUCAGCCCCAGCCUCAGAAUUCGGUAACAUGUUUUCUAUGGACUUUUUUUUCACUUCACAUCAAACAAUAUUAAAGGGGAAAACUCUGGAAAAAAAAUCUUAAUGAGUCCCAUAUGUAUAUUCAGAUAUGACCAAAUUGAGUUACUAGCAGUUUCCUUAAACACACACUCUAGUUCCCCAUCUGCACACGGGGGCACAGACUCUCCUGCAAAGACCCCCAAGCCUCUGCCUCUCAGAAUUCCCCCAACCCCGUUUUUUUAAAAGCCUAUACAAAUGUCUCUUUCUUUAUCUGGCCUGCAAUCAUCACCUCAGUCAAAAAUAAUAUUGCUCACCUAGCAUGGUGUUUAUACCUUUUUAAAGGACCUUUCAUAUAUGGUCCUAUGUAACAAGCUUUUGUCGGACUUCUCUAUUGAUGCUUAGCAGGUGGAUGACGGUAUAUUUGCAAGGAUCUUUGCAGCUUUUGCAAUGACUCUUGGCAGUGUCUUAAAUAUGAUAUGUUACUUGGGAAGAAUUUUGCUUCUUGGUGAUUUAAAAAUUGGGGGAGUAGAAAAAUUAAAGAGGCGUGGACGCUUAAUAAAUAACACUCGUGUCCUUUGCCUCUCCGAGUCUUAUCUGUAAGAGCCCUCACCUCCCAUCACAUGAGGGUCAGGCGUCUGAGCUGUAUUUAUUUACUCCUGGUGUUAAAACACUUGAUGUUUAUUUUUCACUGGAAAAGCUUUUAUUGGAUUCAUUGCUUUUUACUGAAGGGUGGUAGUUUAUACUCAGCUGUGACUGCUUGUUCCAAGUAGUCUUUUUAUUUAAGAUAUUUAUCACUGUCCAUUUCUUACCUGGCUGCAAAAAGAAAGUGAAGGAACUUUCUCUAACUUUUACAGCCUGAAAGGUUUCCUAUGCCCUGGGGCUUGUUUUGCUUCUCCAGACUUUUCUCUUCCCUCUCUCUUUUUAACUCUUUUAGUGAGUGCUGCUUUGGGUGCCUCACCGGCUCUGAGGCACGUCAAAUGCUUGCAUUUGCUUUCAGCAUUGUGUGUGUGUGUGUGGGGCGGGGGAUCAGGGCUGCUGGCGCUGCCUUUCCUUGGGCUUGGAGCUCACUGUGAACAGUCCCAUUUCUCCCUCUUCCCCUGAUUGGCUCCCUGAGGUCAUGUGAGGGCCCCGGGGGUUGGGAUUCUCGGAGUUGUGGCUUUGGCACUCCUUUUUCUUUUUAAAAAUCGCCUGGUCUCUCCUGGGCUUGGUGCCUUGCUCUUUGACUGAGGCUGGGGACAGACGGAAACAGCCACAGGCAGACUGAGGUGGCAGUAAGGAAAUCUGCCGAGAUGUUCAGGCAGGUGCCCAGGACCCCAGCUUCAGGCUGCUACUAUCUAAAUUCCAUGACACCUGAGGGCCAGGAGAUGUACUUGCGAUUUGAUCAGACUGCAAGACGCUCUCCUUACAGGAUGAGCCGGAUCCUAGCACGCCACCAGCUAGUGACUAAAAUUCAACAAGAAAUCGAGGCGAAGGAAGCAUGUGACUGGCUCCGCGCGGCUGGGUUUCCGCAAUACGCCCAGUUAUAUGAAGAUUCACAAUUUCCCAUCAACAUUGUGGCUGUCAAGAACGAUCAUGAUUUUCUUGAAAAGGACCUUGUAGAACCUCUUUACAGACGACUAAAUACGUUGAACAAGUGUGCCUCAAUGAAACUUGAUGUGAACUUCCAAAGGAAAAAGGGUGACGACUCCGAUGAGGAAGAUCUUUGUAUCAGCAACAAAUGGACUUUCCAAAGAACCAGCCGCAGGUGGUCUCGCGUGGAUGACCUCCACACACUGUUCCCUGGAGGAGACAGAAAUGGGUCGCCGGCAGGCACUGGGAUGAGGAACACGACCAGCAGUGAGAGUGUCCUCACAGACCUGAGUGAGCCCGAGGUCUGCUCCAUUCACAGCGAGAGCAGCGGAGGCAGUGACGGCCGCAGCCAGUCGGGCCAGCUCUGCACGGACAGCCCGGUCAUGCUGGAUGCCCCGCCGGCCAGCAGUGGCCUCCCACCGUCCCCCAGAGACGUCCUCCACCACCCUUUCCACCCCAAGAAUGAGAAGCCCACAAGGACCAGGGCCAAAUCAUUUUUGAAACGCAUGGAGACACUCCGAGCGAAAGGCGCACAUGGAAGGCACAAGGGCUCAGGGCGGACAGGUGGCCUGGUGAUCAGCGGGCCCGUGUUGCAGCAGGAGCCAGAGUCCUUCAAGGCCAUGCAGUGCAUCCAGAUACCAAACGGAGAUCUCCAGAACUCGCCCCCAGCUGCCUGCAAGAAAGGGCUUCCGUGCUCCGGCAAAUCGAGCGGCGAGAGCAGCUCGUCGGAACACAGCAGCAGCGGGGUGAGCACGCCGUGCCUGAAGGAGCGCAAGUGCCACGAGGCCAGCAAGCGCGGGGGCAUGUACCUGGAGGACCUGGAUGUGCUGGCGGGGCCAGCACUGAGGGAUGCAGGGGACCAAAGCCACAGGCACGAGUUUCACUCCCAAGAGAACUUGCUGGUGCAUAUUCCCAAGGAUCACAAACCGGGAACAUUCCCCAAGGCGCUUUCUAUCGAAAGCCUCUCUCCCACGGACAACAGCAACGGGGUGAACUGGAGGACGGGUAGCAUCUCCCUGGGCAGGCAGCAGGGCCCCGGCGCCAGGGAGCCCAGGCUCCCGGCGUCCUGCCACAGAGCAAGCCGCGUCAGCAUCUAUGACAACGUCCCGGGCUCCCACCUGUACGCCAGCACAGGGGAUCUUUUGGACUUGGAGAAAGACGACCUCUUCCCUCACUUGGACGACAUUCUGCAGCAUGUCAACGGGCUCCAGGAGGUGGUCGAUGACUGGUCAAAAAACGUCCUGCCCGAGCUGCAAACGCAGGAUGCGUUGGCUGGGGAACCUGGUUCCUCCCCCUUCCCGUCCCCCAAUCAGAUCACCUUAGAUUUUGAAGGUAACUCUGUCUCAGAAGGUCGGACAACACCCAGCGAUGUGGAAAGAGAUGGGACUUCUCUUAAUGACGCUGAGGCCGCUGGGGUCAGAGAAAGGAGGGAUUCUGGUGUAGGGGCCUCUCUGACCAGGCCGAACAGGCGACUCCGGUGGAACAGUUUCCAGCUCUCGCACCAGCCUCGGCCGGCCCCCGCGUCGCCCCACGUCAGCAGCCAGACGGCCGGCCAGCUGAACCUGCUCCAGCGCUUCUCGCUGCUUCGCCUCACGGCCGUCAUGGAGAAGUACUCCAUGUCCAACAAGCACGGCUGGACCUGGUCAGUUCCAAAGUUCAUGAAGAGGAUGAAAGUUCCUGAUUACAGAGACAAGGCUGUCUUUGGCGUUCCUCUCAUAGUCCACGUCCAGAGAACGGGACAGCCCCUGCCGCAGAGCAUUCAGCAAGCGCUGAGAUACCUACGCAGCAACUGCCUGGAUCAGGUGGGGCUUUUUCGCAAGUCGGGGGUGAAGUCUCGCAUCCACGCGCUUCGCCAGAUGAACGAGAACUUCCCUGAGAACGUCAGCUACGAAGAUCAGUCUGCGUACGACGUGGCCGACAUGGUGAAGCAGUUCUUCCGGGACCUUCCUGAGCCCCUGUUCACCAGCAAGCUCAGCGAGACCUUCCUCCACAUCUACCAGUAUGUCCCCAAGGAGCAGCGGCUGCAGGCCGUGCAGGCUGCCAUCCUGCUGCUGGCUGACGAGAACAGGGAGGUCCUGCAGACACUCCUGUGCUUCCUGAACGACGUCGUCAACUUGGUGGAAGAGAAUCAGAUGACGCCCAUGAACCUGGCCGUGUGUCUGGCCCCCUCCCUAUUUCACCUUAAUUUAUUGAAGAAAGAAAGUUCGCCAAGAGUCAUACAGAAGAAAUAUGCCACGGGAAAGCCAGAUCAAAAGGACCUCAAUGAGAAUCUGGCCGCAGCUCAGGGGCUGGCGCACAUGAUCAUGGAAUGCGACAGACUUUUUGAGGUCCCACAUGAGAUGGUGGCCCAGUCCCGCAGCUCAUACAUGGAAGCUGAGAUCCACUUGCCAACUCUGGAAGACCUGGGGGCCCAGCUGGAGGAGAGUGGGGCGACCUUCCACACGUACCUGGAGCAUCUCAUCCAGGGCCUCCAGAAAGAAGCCAGGGAGAAGUUCAAAGGAUGGGUCGUGUGCUCCAGCAUGGACAAUACAGACCUUGCUUUCAAAAAGGUGGGCGACGGGAACCCGCUGAAGCUGUGGAAGGCUUCCGUGGAAGUGGAAGCUCCCCCCUCGGUGGUCUUGAACCGCGUGCUGAGAGAGCGUCACCUGUGGGAUGAGGACUUUGUGCAGUGGAAGGUCGUGGAAACGCUGGACAGGCAGACGGAAAUCUACCAGUACGUGCUGAACAGCAUGGCCCCCCACCCUUCCAGAGACUUCGUGGUUCUCAGGACCUGGAGGACCGAUUUGCCCAAAGGAAUGUGCGCCCUGGUGUCCCUCUCCGUGGAGCACGAGGAGGCCCCGCUCCUGGGUGGCGUGCGUGCCGUGGUGAUGGAGUCGCAGCACUUGAUAGAGCCGUGCGGCUCUGGCAAGUCGAGACUGACCCACAUCUGCAGGACAGACCUGAAAGGCCGCUCCCCCGAAUGGUACAGCAAAGGCUUUGGACAUCUGUGUGCAGCGGAAGUCGCCAGGAUUAGAAACUCUUUCCAGCCCCUCAUUGCUGAGGGUCCAGAAACUAAAAUCUGAGUUUCCCCAGCAUGACCUCAAACUCAGGGAAGAGGAAGCUACAGCGAAAGCUCGUGGCAGAGAGUGUGUGUGAGAGAACAAGACGAAGAGGAACUGACGGACUUGGCUAAUGCUUAAAAAUGGAGACGUUGAGAAGUCAGGAUUUUGAAGAUGCAAGAAUUUCUGAGAACUUUCCUAGCCUUCCUGGAGAUGGCUAUAUCCCUACUAAUAUAUUUUUUAAAAUCUGAACAUUUAUCUAUAUUACUUAAAAUUAAAUGGAUUAUUCCUUGUGCAUUGCCUAAUUUUCUAUUUAAAGGCUUCUAAGAAGCAUAUUCUUAACUGUAAAUAAAUGUAUGUACAGCAUAUGUACAUAUGUGUGCAUAUCUCCAUCUUUACUGUAUAUAUGUAAAAUACCGAUUUUAUAUAGAAUUGAGUGUUUUGAAAAGGACCUUGUCUGACUCGGGGAGUCCUUCCCUCACAUUGCUCUAUCCAGGUGGCUCUGGGCCCAUUCUUCCCACUGUCCUCUAAGCUGCACAGAACCUGCUGCUAAUACCAAGGUGUGAAAAUGCCCUGAUGUCUAACCAAAGAUUUGCUAACCAAAGGAAAAUGCCAUUAAAAGGUUCUUAUGUGUCGAUAAUUUGUUUCUGUUAUUCAAAACCUGAGAGUAGAGUGUUGGGAGAAAGCCAGGGAAACAGUAUCUACUUCUCUUUAAAGGAAAGCAGAGGGUGAGAAGCCAUCCCUAAAUUCAAAGCUAAAUUGGGAGUUGCCACUGGGCCCAACCAGGUGCAAUUUCCGUGAGGUGUCAGACCUCAGUGGGCCCCUGAAGUCAGCAACAGUGACUGAAACAGACAUGGUAUUUCCCCCAGGCGAGCUGGAGAUAAUAGCCUUUACGUAUUCACUGCCGAAGGGAGCCUCUGUGUUGCCCCGGGUUUUCAUAAAUACAUUUCAUAAUGUUGUUAAAUGUCGUUCUAUUUGACCAGUGGCCCAUUUGGUCACAGUUAAUUGGCAUUUUCUUACCAAUGUAUUGCACUGAAUUUAAGUCUGGACAACACACAAAGGGAGGUGAUGGUCAUUCAGUUCAAGAAUCUGGAUCGUCACAGCUUCAGGGAAUUCAUACUCUGCUAUGUAUUAUGCUCUUAAAAUAUAAUUCAUUGAAAUUUUGCAAUUUGAAAGACAGGGUUUUAAACUAACAUAAGACCAAAACUAUGUUCUUUCAUUAGUUUUAGAAAAUAUAAUCAGGUUGAUUAAUUCCAUGUUUCUUCCUUAGCGAUUUCCCGCUACCUAUGCAUUUGACCCAGCCUUAUUUAUUAUUGUACAGACUAAGCAAAUUGACUCUCCUUAACCCAUUGCUGUUGAAUGGAAGUUGUUUUUGUUAUUGUAUUUCAACAACUGUGAGAGAAGGAUAACUUAUUGCGUUUGGUUUCAGGGAGAGAGAUUUUUUUUUUUUUGGUUGUCCAUAACAGAUUGAUAUCUGAUUUAGCAACUGAUGUUGGAGGGAAAAAGAAAAACAAAGGAGUGUUUUCAGGUAUUAUUUUGUAUCAUAUGCAUUUAUGUGAUAUUUUCUGUUAUCAGUGAUGUGCAAUUAUUUUAUUGAGAAGAAUAAAAAAGCUAUAUAUGAGUUUGGUAUGGUGCGAGAAAAAUCAUACUGUUUGAAUUAUGACCUAGGAAUUUUUCAUUCUCAUGUGUACCUUAGAAGGUGGCAGCAAAUCCGUAAUUUACCAUUUGGGCAAUGCUCUGUGAGCAAAACAAAUUCACUUCUGCCGUCACAUCUUAAAUUUAACCACAUAUGCUGGAUUACUUUAUAUGCACCGACAAGAUCAUUAGUGAAGUUGAAUCUGGCUAAACACUGGUUCUACUCCAGAGAUGGGACCCUGCAUGUUUGGAAAAUAUGAUAGGCACACAAGGACGAAUGGCAUUGUAUCAUCCAAAGCAGCGCUUCUCCAAGUUUAACUUUCACAUGCACCAAACCACUCGGGGAUCUUGUUAGAAUGCAGCCUGGAUUCAGACAGUCUGAGGUUGGCCUGAGAUCGUGCAUUUCUAAUGAGCCUCAGGAAAGCCCAUGCUGCUGCCCAGAAAACCACACUCUGAGAAACAAGGAUCUAGAGGAUGUGUUAAACAAAAUAAAAACAAAUAUGAUUGUAUUUCUGACUCCCUCCUCUUCAAAUUACCUGACUUUUUAAAUUUUUAUGCGCAUACUAAUCACAUCACUGCUGCAUAACAACACAGUGCAUCUUUAAUAAAAAGAAAAAGGGAAAAUAAGGAGAAGAAAGAUGCAUCAAGUUUAUUUGUCAUACCACAGUAUUUUAUUCAUUGUUAUCUUGCCAACAGAAAUAAAGUAUAAUAUUGCAUUUAAAUAUUAUAUUUAUACCUCAUGUAUAUUUUACCUCAUUUGUUGGUAUCAAUCAUUAAUUGUAAAUAAAUAAUUGCCAAGGCAAAUAAAUUUAUAUAUAUUAAAUAUUUCCU